CACUGGGUCAGCUUCACGGGGCAACUACACCACGUAACGAUACUGCAGAUAAUCCCGCACGGCGCUCUUGUGUGUGGAUCCCGCGGGUCGGUGUUCGGUAUCGUGUUCCGGAGACGGGAGAAUGACGCAGGCCGUUUCACGGAGCAGCCGCCGCGGCGCGUGAACUUCGCCUCCGAGCCGACUGCCGUUGAGACGAGCAGCCGACGGCAGAAAAACCGCGGCGGGGCCAAACUCCGAGUAACGAGACCCCCCCCCUCGCCCCGAAGCCGCCUCUGCUCCAGCGCCCGGAGGGAUGGAGAACCCCGGUUACCGGAGCGGCAGCCUGGACAGCCUCCGUCACCGUCCCAGUGACGUCGUCGAGGACGACGAUGACGACGAGAUGGUGGACAUCGCGGGAGCCACGCUGGACUUCUCCAACACGGACGACGACCCCCCCCUCGGCUCGGGAGAUUAUGAGCAGCGCGGCAGCAGAGCGGGCAGUAUGAACAGCAACGGGCCCGGCAGGCUGGUGGACCCGCUGGAGGACCCGCUGCCUGGACUGGGCACGUACGAAGACUUCAACACCAUCGACUGGGUGAGGGAGAAGAGCAAGGACCGGGACCGGCACCGAGAGAUCACCAACAAGAGCCGCCAGUCCACCGCGGCGCUGCUGCACAGCAUCAGCGACGCCUUCUCCGGGUGGCUCCUCAUGCUGCUGGUGGGGCUCAUGUCAGGCGCUCUGGCCGGCGGCAUCGACAUCGCCGCCCACUGGCUGACUGACGUGAAGGAGGGGCUCUGCCUGGUGGGCUUCUGGUUCAACCACGAGCACUGCUGCUGGACGUCCAACGAGACCACCUUCCAGGAGCGGGACAGCUGUCCUCAGUGGCAGAGCUGGGCCCAGAUCAUGACCGGGACCUCCGAGGGCGCGCUGGCCUACGUGGUGAACUACCUGAUGUUCAUGGUGUGGGCGCUGCUCUUCGCCCUCCUGGCCGUGGCGCUGGUCCGGGCCUUUGCUCCGUACGCCUGUGGGUCAGGGAUCCCAGAGAUCAAAACCAUCCUCAGCGGCUUCAUCAUCCGCGGCUACCUGGGGAAGUGGACGCUGAUCAUCAAGACCAUCACGCUGGUCCUGGCCGUGUCCUCGGGGCUCAGCCUGGGGAAGGAGGGCCCGCUGGUGCACGUGGCGUGCUGCUGCGCCAACAUCCUGUGUCACCUGUUCACCAAGUACCGCAAGAACGAGGCCAAGCGGCGAGAGGUGCUGUCUGCAGCGGCGGCGGUGGGCGUGUCCGUGGCCUUCGGCGCUCCCAUUGGAGGAGUCCUCUUCAGCCUGGAGGAGGUGAGCUAUUACUUCCCCCUGAAGACGCUGUGGCGCUCGUUCUUCGCCGCCCUGGUGGCGGCCUUCACCCUGCGCUCCAUCAACCCGUUCGGGAACAGCCGCCUGGUGCUGUUCUACGUGGAGUUCCACGCCCCCUGGCACCUGGUGGAGCUGGGCCCCUUCAUCCUGCUGGGCAUAUUCGGCGGGCUGUGGGGGGCGAUGUUCAUCAGGGCCAACAUCGCCUGGUGCCGGAUACGUAAAUCCACCCGUCUGGGCCACUACCCGGUCACCGAGGUGCUGCUGGUGACGGCGCUGACCGGCGUGCUGGCCUACCCCAACAGCUACACCAGGAUGGGCGGCGCCGAGCUCAUCUCGGAGCUCUUCAACGACUGCUCGCUGCUCGACUCGUCGCAGCUGUGCAGCUACAAGCAGUCAAACGUCACGUCGGGGGCGGGCGCGGGUAACGGCCUGGCGGACCGGGCGGCGGGGGAGGACCUGUACACCGCUCUGUGGCAGCUCGCCCUGGCUCUGGUCUUCAAGGUCGUGAUCACCGUGGUCACGUUCGGCAUGAAGGUCCCGUCGGGCCUCUUCAUCCCCAGCAUGGCGGUGGGCGCCAUCGCCGGCCGGCUGCUGGGCGUCGCCAUGGAGCAGCUGGCCUUCUACAACCACGACUCGGCCAUCUUCAGGGGGUGGUGCUCGCCGGGCGCCGACUGCAUCACCCCGGGGCUCUACGCCAUGGUCGGCGCCGCCGCCUGCUUAGGUGGGGUGACUCGCAUGACGGUGUCGCUGGUGGUCAUCAUGUUCGAGCUGACCGGCGGCCUUGAGUACAUCGUCCCGCUCAUGGCCGCCACCAUGACCAGCAAAUGGGUGGCGGACGCGUUCGGCAGGGAGGGAAUCUACGAGGCUCACAUCCGCCUCAACGGGUACCCCUUCCUGGAGCCCAAAGAGGAGUUCCAGCACAGCAGCCUGACGGUGGACGUGAUGAGGCCCCGGAGGUCGGACCCGGCGCUGGCCGUGCUCACGCAGGAGGGCAUGACGGUCGGGGAGGUGGAGGCCCUGGUGGAAGGCACUCGCUACAGCGGCUUCCCCGUGGUCGUGUCCCAGGAGUCCCACAGGCUGGUGGGCUUUGUGCUCAGGAGGGACCUGCUCAUCUCCAUAGACAACGCCCGGAAGCGCCAGGAGGGCGUGGUCAGCGCCUCCCAGGUGGCGUUCACCGAGCACGCCCCGCCCCCCGCCGACGACGCCCCGCCGCCCCUCCGCCUCCGCGGCAUCGUGGACCUCAGCCCCUUCACCGUCACGGACCACACGCCCAUGGACAUCACUGUGGACAUCUUCAGGAAGCUGGGCCUCCGUCAGUGCCUGGUGACGCACAACGGGAAGCUGCUGGGAAUCAUCACUAAGAAGGACAUUCUGAAGCACAUGGCGCAGAUCGCCAACAGAGACCCCGACUCCAUCCUCUUCAACUGAAGCCCCCCCCGCCCAUCGCUCCUCUCAGGUGGGACGAGGAGGACGAAGAAGAAGACGACACCAGCUUGCACACCAAAAUGCACAUUUUUACCUCUUUAAAAAGAUAAAUGUAAAAAAGCCAAGUAAGUCGACUCCAUUUCCAGCGGCGACUAGAAGACGGCUCGGAUUCUUCUUCUGGUUCUUCUGGUUCUUCUGGUUCUUCUGGAGGCAUUUCUGUGGUUUUGGCUCCUUCUCACAGACGCUGCUGUUCACCCCAGAAGGAUGUGCUGCAGAUACCAGCAAUAAGUCUACUCCUUUUUUGGGGGGGGGGCUUUUUCUCAUUCCUCUUUCUCUUUUCAACAUAAAAGAGGAAUGCAGAGGGAGGGAUGUUUGAAACAGAUGGGGGGGGGGCAGGGGGGGUUGAUCCUCUGUCACAGAGAGGAUGAGAGAUGAAGCAGGGGUUUGGGGAGCUCCGUGCCCCCCCCCCCCCCCCCCCCCCCACCGUGAGCCCAGACAGAGCCCCUCCUCUCUCCUCCCCCAAGCACUCCUCGAGGGAGGGGGGGGGCUGACGCAGGUGUUACACCCCCUUACACUCCAUCAGGACUUAACCCUGAAAUGUCGUCUUCUAAUUUAUAGAAAUGUGAAUCUGUUCGUUCCACUAAAUUAUUCCACUGACUUCAAUGUUUGUUUGAUGUUGAUCCGAACCUUAUGAUUUCUUGUUGUGUUUGUUUACUUAAUUUCCAAAUAUAUUGUUAAUAACAAUGUUAAUAACAAUGAAAGAGAUUUCACUAUUUCAAAUGCUUUCCCUUUUUUUUAAACCUGGAAAAAAACUCUUGUUGCCUGAAAUUUCUGAAUAAAAAGCUGAGACUUUUGGAGCC